UUUUACACGUACUUAAAUUACAACAUAUAAACUCAUUUAAUUGAGUUUACAUCUUCUUCUUCUUUUACUUCUUCAUUUUUAAUUUUACCAAGUCAAGUAUUACAAAAGAUAUCCCUUCAACUGCGUACUUGCCGACAGUGGAAAGAGAGAAGAUUCCCUCGCGUAACUUCGUUCUCAAAUGUUGUCCAUGUCUAUAUAUCCAUCACUGUUAGACAAUCCAAGAGUAGUAACAAGUUCAGCUCUACCAUCUGUGUAGACUGAGUAACAUAUACACCACGAAAUGGAGUCAACGACUCGCACGUCCCUCUUCGUCAAAACCCUUAUCUUCUUCUGCUUCUUUCAAAGCCCUCUCUCAGUCUCAGCUUCUUCUUCACAAUCAGCUUUGAAAUCAACUCAUCCAUUCCCUAAAGAAGCCCUACCCACCAAAUAUGGUUACCUCCCAGUCAGCCCCACUUCCAGUUCUUCCAUUUUCUACACUUUCUAUGAAGCCCAUAACUCAACUUCACCUCUCUCCCAAACCCCACUUCUCAUUUGGCUCCAAGGUGGCCCUGGCUGCUCCUCCAUGAUCGGCAACUUCUAUGAGCUCGGACCCUGGCGUGUCACAAAAUCCCUUACCCUUGAACCCAACCCUGGUGCUUGGAAUAGAAUUUUUGGCCUUCUUUUUCUUGAUAGUCCCAUUGGAACUGGCUUCAGUGUGGCCUCAACGCCUGAAGAAAUUCCAACCGAUCAAAACGCCGUUGCCAAGCACCUUUUUGCUGCUAUUACACGGUUUGUUCAACUUGACCCUGUUUUCAAGCAUCGUCCUAUUUAUAUUACAGGGGAAAGCUAUGCCGGGAAGUAUGUACCUGCUAUUGGGUAUUACAUAUUGGAGAAAAAUGCUCAGUUGCAAGGGUCUGAAAGAGUGAAUUUGGCUGGUGUGGCAAUUGGUGAUGGGUUAACAGACCCUGUAACCCAAGUGGUUACUCAUGCUGCCAAUGCUUACUAUGUUGGAUUGAUCAAUGAUAGGCAAAAGAAUGAGUUGGAGAAAGCUCAAUUGGAAGUAGUUGGAUUGGCUCGGAUAGGGAAUUGGAGUGAAGCAGCGGAUGCGAGAAACGAAGUUUUGAGAGUGUUGCGAAACAUCACAGGGUUGGCUACUUUGUAUGACUAUACAAGGAAAGCUCCUUAUGAAGAUGACUUGGUUGCUGAGUUCUUGAACUUUGCUGAGGUGAAGAAGGCCUUGGGGGUGAAUGAAUCAUUUGUGUAUGUGUUAUGCAGUGACAUUGUAGAUGCUGCACUGCAUGCUGACGCGAUGAAGAGUGUGAAAUAUAUGGUAGAGCACUUGGUGAGGAAGAGCAGGGUGUUGUUAUACCAAGGUCAACAUGAUUUGAUGGAUGGAGUGGUACAAGUUGAGGCAUGGGUCAAGACAAUGAAAUGGGAAGGAAUUGUGGAGUUUCUGAAUGCAGAAAGGAAGAUUUGGAAGGUGAAUGGAGAGCUUGCUGGGUAUGUACAAAGUUGGAAGUCACUCACCAAUGUUGUGGUUUUGGGUGCUGGCCAUCUUUUGUCUGCUGACCAGGCUGUGAAUUCUCAAACAAUGAUAGAAGACUGGGUUUUGGAAAGGGGUUUGUUUGCUCAUGACCAUCACAUAAAUGAUUCACUAGAUAUCGAAAUGCCCCUCGAAGCUCCACACAUUCUUAGUUCCUUUUGAUAUUGUUAUUUGUGUUGGUGUUUUGUGAAACUAAAGUACUACUGAACCCAUAGGCUUGAAUGUCACUGCAGGAACUUUGUACUGCUGUGACUGAAUAAGUUCACUUUGUUUAUAUCUAAUAAAAGAAUUUCU